GAGGGGAUUGGAACACCUGAAUCACAUGAUAUGGAGGGGGAUUGGAACACCUGAAAUCACAUGAUGUGGAGGGGAUUGGAACACCUGAAUCAACAUGAUAUGGAGGGGAUUGGGACACCUGAAUCACAUGAUAUGGAGGGGAUUGGAACACCUGAAUCACAUGAUAUAUGGAGGGGAUUGGAACACCUGAAUCACAUGAAUAUGGAGGGGAUUGGAACACCUGAAUCACAUGAUUGGAGGGGGAUUGGAACACCUGAAUCACAUGAUAUGGAGGGGAUUGGGACACCUGAAUCACAUGAUAUGGAGGGGAUUGGAACACCUGAAAUCACAUGAUAUGGAGGGGAUUGGAACACCAGAAUCACAUGAUUGGGAGGAGAUUGGAACACCUGAAUCACAUGAUUGGAGGGGAUUGGAACACCUGAAUCACAUGAUAUGGAGGGGAUUGGGACA